AUGUACGCCCAGCUACUGGGUAGGGAUGCAAAGUCAGAGCAGCUUGUCGAUCUCAAUAGCCUGAUUCCCUUGCACAUGCGCAACAUCCAUCCCACCAACGAUGGAAUCAUGUUCCUACCCGAGAACGAUGUCAUCUCUUCUCCCAACGAACGAGUAGUGAGCGCAGCGAUCCCCUCCAUGCUUGCGAAACGCCUAGCAAAUGCCGCAAAGGCCGGUCGGGCAUACGGCCGUACGGUCCAGGACCAUAUCAAUAGUUGCUUGUACUUCUACCGCAAUCACAGUGUCCUCAUCAAUAUUCUGCCCAACGAGGAGCAGCAGAUCCGCACUGCCAAAGGAGUGCCUGACUGGACAUGGUGCUAUCUUAUCUUUCAAAGACAUCCCGAGACCAUGCCUCGAGCCUUCAAGACUUGGACCCCGCAAAACACUAUUGUCAACCCUACUCCACACGGCACAGCCGUGAUAUUCAAGGACCAUAAUCAGAAUGGACUAAAUGGAUCAACCGAGUUGCCGCUGCCAGUCAAGAUAUCCUACUCUCCACUGUACUGUAAGACAAAUUCCCUCAUCAAUGUUAGUUCCACUCUCAAUAUUGACAUCAUGGACAUAGUCACUCGAAAUAUGACGCAAGUCUCUGGGGGGCUUGUCAUUGGCAUGAAGAACAAGGAGGCAGGUAGUCUAAAGGCUGCGAUCCCCUCAGAUCUAGCUCGGCUUCUGAAGACUGAGGCUCUGCGCGCCGCUCAGUAUGACUCGGGCCGACCCGAGAAGUCAGCAGCAGAGCGUGUCUGUAACGUAGUUGAAGAAUACAUGGUAGACUGGACCAGAGGCUGCAUCCCUGUACUCUUCAACCUCCUAGGACCUGAGGAGACUACCAUGCGCAGGCGCUACCAGAUGCCCGACAACGUUGCUACUGGUGCCCUGUUCGUUAAGCAGCCUUUGCUUAUCCCCCAGAUAUGGUGGGACUGGGACCCAGCUGCGACGACAGUGGAAUGCGACAACAAGGAGGGUCACAUUGCCGUAUUCUUCAAGCACAAGAAUGGCCAUCACCUUGUUGGAGUAUGGAUCAAGGUUUGA